CAGGACUGACAAGUGACACAAAGAAGCAAAGCAAGGUGUGGGUCCAGAGUGUGUCUGUGGGCCACAGUGUGAGUGGAAGUCUGACAUGCAAACACCAGGCAGAGAUUUCAUCAAUCUAAGUGGUCACAGCUACUCAGACAUGGUGGACACCCAGCAGCUCCUUGCUUGGCCUGUUGGUUUUAGUCUGAGCACCGUGGACCUGCCAGAGUUCAACGACGGCUCCCACUGCCUUGACAUGAAACAUUUGUCCACAUCAGACUACGCCUCCAUUUCCUCCCCUUCCAUACCUUCCUCCUUGUCUCCUCCACUUGUAUCUUCCAUGUCGUCUACUGGCAUGGCCUAUGACCCCAGUCCACCGCAGAGCGAAGACCACUUGACCAACAUGGAUUACACAAACUUGCACAGCUACAGGACAGACCUGGACACACACAGUUCCGUCAAGUUGGAGCCAGAUUCCCCCCCUCAGUACUCUGACAGCCCAGUGUUCUCCAAACUGCCAGAAGACACACCAUCAUCAGCGUUAAACAUCGAGUGUAGAGUGUGCGGGGACAAAGCCUCAGGGUUUCACUAUGGCGUUCAUGCCUGUGAGGGGUGUAAGGGUUUCUUCAGGCGAACAAUUAGGUUAAAGUUGGUGUACGAUCACUGCGACCUUCACUGUCGCAUUCACAAGAAGUCCCGCAACAAAUGCCAAUACUGUCGUUUCCAGAAGUGCCUCAACGUUGGCAUGUCGCACAAUGCCAUCCGUUUUGGCCGAAUGCCCCAAGCAGAAAAGGAGAAGCUACUGGCCGAGUUCUCGUCUGACAUGGAGCACAUGCACCCAGAGGCAGCAGAUCUGAGGGCUCUGGCUCGACAUCUGUACGAGGCCUAUCUGAAAUACUUCCCCCUCACCAAGGCCAAGGCCAGGGCCAUCCUUUCUGGGAAAUCCGGAGACAACGUGCCUUUUGUCAUCCAUGACAUUAAGUCUCUAAUGGAGGGAGAGCAGUUAAUCAACAAUGGGCAGACGUCUUUCCAGGAGCAGCAGAAUGCCACAGCUGGACAUGGAGUUUCUGGGAUCGCCGGAGCCCUCUCGGGUCCAGACUGUAAUGUUUUUGGAAUGGCGAGCAACAUUGGAUCAGACCCACCGGAUGGCGUGGAGCUUCGUUUCUUCUACAGCUGCCAGUCCCGCUCAGCAGAAGCAGUGAGGGAAGUGACAGAGUUCGCCAAGAGUAUCCCGGGAUUCGUUAACCUGGACCUCAAUGAUCAAGUAACUUUACUGAAAUACGGAGUGAUUGAAGUCCUGAUCCUCAUGAUGUCUCCUCUGAUGAACAAAGAUGGCACCCUGAUCUCUUAUGGACAGAUUUUCAUGACGCGCGAGUUCCUCAAAAGUCUCAGGAAACCUUUUUGCCAAAUGUUGGAACCAAAGUUUGACUUUUCUGUGAAGUUUAACACUCUGGAGCUGGACGACAGCGACAUGGCCCUCUUUCUGGCUGUUAUUAUCCUCAGUGGGGACCGGCCUGGCCUGCUGAACGUGAAGCCCAUCGAGCAGCUUCAGGAGACGGUGCUUCACUCCCUGGAGCUGCAUCUGAAAAUAAACCACCCAGACUCUCUGCAGCUGUUUGCCAAGGUGCUCCAGAAGAUGACGGACCUGCGUCAGAUGGUCACAGACCACGUCCAGCUCAUCCAGCUGCUGAAGAAGACGGAGGUGGACAUGUUCCUACACCCCCUGCUGCAGGAAAUCAUGAAGGACUUGUAUUGAAAAUUGAAAAAAAAGAAAGUAAAGAAAGGACAAAAGAGAGGUUGACAGGGGGCUGUUUGGUUUGUGAGCGGACUGAUUGAAAUUAAAGGGAGAAGAGCGAGAAUCAAGGAAAGAAGUACUGAAUCUGAGCUUGUUUAGGCAGGAUGCAUGAUUUUCGAGAGCUGGGAAUGAAACCAUGUAUGUGUCUGCACAGCCACCAUUAUGUGCCUUAAAGAUGGAUAUGCUAGCAUGCGUGUUUUUAUGAGCAGCUUCUUGUGUAAUAACCGUUGAGGGCAGCAGCUUUUAGCCCUCAAUGAAGAACAAUAAAGCCAGGUUCACACCGCACGCGCAGGCGCCGCGGAACGGAGGCCGCUUCUAUUCGGCGUUGUUUCUUUGUUAACCUAUUUUGUGGUCCACACCAGACGCGGAGCGCCGCGGUCCGCCAUGGCCGGCUCGCGCAGUGCAGCCAUCAUUUUGGCCUGUUUUUUGGGCAAACGAUCCGCAUCAAUACUAGCAAAUAAUAGAAUUUUCAAAAUAUAACCAAUUUUUCACAAUAAAAUACAGCGAUUGACAAAUUAGUUCAUGUUUUUGUAUCAAAACAGACUGUAAAGAGGAAAAUAGAGGAAAAAACUAACAGAUACUGACACAAACACACACAGAUAAAGUUAGUGGGCUGACUACGGAGCGGGGGAGGUGUGGUUUUGGGUGUCUAAAAACACAAUAAAAAUCAAACAAUUAACGACAAACACAGAAAUGAAUUGUAGAAGCUGUAAAUAACCACAGCUGAGCAGAAGUGCCUGUCGACCGUUGUCUAUGUGAAUUGGAGGUGAAGUGGACUUUGCGGCGCCUCCGCGUGCGGUGUGAACCCGGCGUAACGCUCACAAAUGCCUGACCUCGAGAGCAGCUGUUUACAUCAGGGCGAAGGCGCUAAUAUCCAACAGAAAUCGGAGACGGAACUGCCUAUGAGAAACAAAAAGUGCCGCACAAUAUUGACGUUAGCUAACAAUUAAGCCAUAUUUGCCAUAAAGUGCCUUUAAAAUCGGAUGUUUAGCUUUUCUUAUGAAUGAAUGUUCAUCUGUGUACAAUGAAUGUUAUAUAGUAACUUGUGCUGUUUCCUUUUUUUUUUUUGUUGCAUGAAAUUGACAGAAACUUUCUAUUGAGCCUUAUUUUAUUACAAAUUCUGAAAAUUGGUCAGGUUAAUAAUUUUUACUGUGAAUUUCUUUUCUGUUUUGGGGGCUCUGCUGACAAAGAGAUUGGAUUAAUACCGCUGGGGGGAAAAUAUAUGAAGCAAUUAUAUGUAAAUAAAAUAUUUUAUAACUUUUUACAUAAGUCUGUUUUUUUUUUGCCUGGAAGGCAUCUGACUCGACAUUUUUUUGAAAGAAUUUCCAGGUAUUUUUUUUUCCUCCCACUUGAGGCCUUUCCAGUGAGUCAGUUGAAAUAUUGUGACAUCAAGUCCUGGACUGUUUGCAACACCUGAACUCUGCUGAACCGCACCUGAGCGGCACGAUCUGUGGAUCGGAAUUUCACUAGCUUGCAAAAAAAAAAAAAAAAAAA